AACCAGUAGAAAGUGCGUCGUCAACAAUUCCCGUGAUUUAAAAAAAAAAAAAAAAAAAUUAAAAAAAAAAUGACCGAAGUUCACGAAAGUUCGCUCAGCGCCGAACAAGAAUUGGAAAACCUUAAAAUUGAAAUUAAAGAAUAUUGGGACGAAAUUGACAAAAACAAAGAUGGCUUUAUCGACUUGAGCGAAUUGAAAGAUGCCCUCGACAAUGUGGGCUUCAAGUUGCCCGGGUACCAAGUGCGACAGAUGAUCGACGAGAUGCGCAACAAAAAGCGGAUACAAAACGACGGCAAAAUGGCGUACAACGAAUUCGAGCAAAUUUGCGUGGAUCUCAAGUCGAAAGAUGUCGCAAGCACGUUCGGCAAAAAUCUGUCAAAACGCGAAGAUAUCGAGAAAAUUGGCGGGCUUUCGGAUCAAUCUGCUGCCGGAACGACACAUUCUGUACGCAACGAGGAACAAUUGGCGUUCAGCGAUUGGAUCAACAGCAAUUUGGGUCACGAUCAGGAUUUGAAGCAUUUGUUGCCGAUCGAUCCGGAGGGCAAGCAGUUGUACGAAAAAAUCAAAGACGGCAUUUUAUUGUGCAAAAUUAUCAAUCAUUCGUGUCCCGAUACGAUCGACGAACGUGCGAUAAACAAGAAAAAUCUCACGGUUUACACGAAAUUCGAGAAUUUGACGUUGGCUUUGGUGUCGUCGCAAGCCAUCGGAUGCAAUAUCGUCAAUAUCGAUGCCCAUGACUUGGCAAAGGGCAAGCAACAUUUGGUUCUCGGGCUUUUGUGGCAAAUUAUUCGCAUCGGUUUGUUCAGUCAUAUCACGUUGGAUCAUUGUCCGGGACUUGCGGGCUUGUUGUACGACGGCGAACGCUUGGAAGACCUCAUGAAACUGAGUCCGGAACAAAUUUUGCUGCGAUGGGUGAACCAUCAUUUGGAACGGGCAGGCGUUCAACGGAGAUGCACAAAUUUCCAAAGCGACAUCACAGAUUCGGAGAUUUAUACGCAUUUGUUGCAUCAAAUUGCGCCUGCGGAUGCCGGGGUUACGUUAGAGGCGUUGCAUGAGCCAUUCCAAAACGAAAGAGCGGAGAAAAUGUUGCAACAAGCUGCGAAAUUGAAUUGUCGGGCAUUCGUUACGCCCCAAGAUGUCGUCAAUGGCGUUUAUAAGUUGAAUCUUGCUUUUGUCGCCAAUUUGUUCAAUAAUCAUCCCGGAUUGGAGCGACCUGCGGAAAUUGAUGGACUGGAAACUAUCGAAGAGACUCGCGAGGAGAAGACUUAUCGUAACUGGAUGAACUCAAUGGGCGUCAAACCUUACGUCAACUGGCUUUAUUCCGAUUUAGCUGAUGGUUUAGUUAUUUUCCAAUUGUUUGAAGUCAUCAAGCCAGGAACUGUCAACUGGAAUCGCGUUCAUAAGAAAUUCACACCGAUGCGAAAAUUCAUGGAAAAAUUAGAAAAUUGCAAUUAUGCCGUCGAAUUGGGAAAACAAUUGAAAUUCUCGCUCGUUGGAAUUGCCGGAAACGAUCUUAGCGAAGGAAAUGCUACGUUGACACUUGCUUUAAUUUGGCAAUUGAUGCGCGCCUAUACACUUACCAUCCUAUCGAAAUUGGCUCAAAGCGGAAAUCCAAUCGUCGAAAAGGAAAUCGUUCAAUGGGCGAACAACAAAUUGAGUUCCGCUGGUAAAAGUUCAAGCAUAAAGAGUUUCCAAGAUUCAUCAAUUGCCACAGGCAAACAAGUGAUAGACUUAAUCGAUGCCAUCAAGCCAGGUAGCAUUAAUUACGAGCUCGUGAAGGAUUCCGGAGAUCCAGAGGACAACAUCGAGAACGCCAAAUACGCCGUUUCCAUGGCACGUAAAAUUGGCGCUCGCGUUUACGCUCUGCCCGAAGACAUAACCGAAGUAAAGCCCAAAAUGGUGAUGACACUCUUUGCAUGUCUCAUGGCGCUUGAUUACGUCCCCAACAUGGAUAGCGUGAAAACCGAAAAUGGAUCGAGCGCUGUGACAACCACAAACGGAGACGAGUCGUAAAACGUAAAGUCGUGAAUUCUGUGAAAAAAAAAGUAACAAAAAGCGGGGCAUCAUGACAUGAAACUACCCAGAAACAUACCAUAUUAUAAAUAAAAAAAAAUAUUUUAUCUUUAACAUUUAAGUAUGUAAGAGCGAAAGCAGGAAAGUUAAUGAAAAAAAAAGUAUCGUAAGUGUAAUAAUUUUUAGGCGUAAUGUUAUUAAUUAUUAAUAAUGAAAUAUAUUUAAAAAAAAAAUACAAAAAAAAUAUAUUUAACCCCAAAAUUUUCCGCUUAUUACCGUAUUAUUCGUAAAUAUCCAAAUUAAUUAAAUUACCGUACGCAUUUAAUUUUUUUCCUUUAUAAAAUCCUAUUUUUAAAAUAUAUUUUUUUAUGUUUAAAACUAAAUAUUAAUAUUGCAAUUGUUAAUGAAUGUCGUACUCUUCCGCAAUUAAAUUUAAUUUAAAUAAUUUUAUCUAAAUGGAUAAAAAAUAUAUAUUUUCCUAAUUUUACAACUUUAAUAGAAAAAAAAAGUUAUUUUAAUUUUUAAAUAAAUAAAAAAAAAGUAUAAUUAAAAAAAAAACAAUAAUCAACAAAUUAUAUUAAAAAAAUUUUGCAAAUAAUAUUUUAAAAAAAUAUGCUACAAAACCAUAAAAUAAUAAAACAAUUAUAAAAAUAUAAGUAAAAUUAAUACAAAAAAUAUAUAAUAUAAAAUAUUAUAUAAUAAUAUUAUAUUAUUCGAUACGAUAUGUAUAAUAAUAUAAUAUUUAAUAAACAUGAUAAGGAAGCAAGAUGGGCAUAGAACUUGAAAAAGGAAGAUAAAAAAUUGUAAUUAUUUAGGUAUUAUUAUUGAAAAAAAUGUUGUUCUACUUUUUUUUGUAUGUUUUAUAUUAAUUAUAUGAGUUUUUAUGAAUAAAAUUAUAUAAAAAAUUUA